AAUAACUUGAACUUCAAUAAAUAUUUAAAAAUGGGAAUGCCAUAUCUAUCAGUAUUGGUUCUUGCUAUAAUUUUCCUUAUGGCGAUCAUGGAUGCAUCCAAAGCGGAAGUAAAACCUCAGUUUUCUCCAGAAUUGACCUUAACUACGGAGGACCCUCUAUCAUUGAAUGAAUCAUUUGAUGAACCUUUCGAUUAUGAGGAACAGAGGAAAAUUGCGGUUGAGAUGAUAAAUAAGGACCUUAUGUUUCAGUCGGAAAUGGGUAUUCCUGUGGACACAGCGAAAAUACAAAGUAUGCUUGAACACAUUGUGAAUGCUACGGACAUUUUAGGAUCUUGAUUUAUGAAGUUCUAAUGGCCAAUAAAGAUAAACUACGCCAGCGCAUCUUUUGUACUCGCAACUAUCUCGGGAUCUUUGAAAGAGUGCGAUAAUUCAUAAUCCGAUGCAUCCAAGCGUGUAUUGAAUCAAGUGGGCGAUAAUUCGAACAUUUGUUUAUAAUUAAAAUUUGAAAUUAAAUACUAUUAA